AGCAUUUCCACAGCAUGAGUCAGGUAUUAAUUGGACAGAUGUGUCAGGAACGCCUGGUUGUUUUUGGAUACCUCGCUGUUGAGUGGUAGUGGUGCUCGGCCAUCRCCGCAGUAAGCAGCCUUGUCUGGUGUUAAAAUGAGAUAUGAGAUACGAUUCUUUCUAAAUUUAAAAUCUCUUCCCUUACUAAUUAAGAUUACAUUGCAAGUGAAAUACUAAUAGGAGAGAAAUUCAGUCUUGUCUUGAGCCAUAGCUUCUGCAGGAAGAUGAAGAAAGAAAUGUAAAUGAUAUAAGUCUUCAUUUGAUGCUAACAGGACUGCUAAUUUAUACUGGAUAGGAUUUUAGGCCUCUGUGUGAUUUAUUAAAAGCCAAAACUAUUAUUAUAGCUCUUGAAAGCAUUUUAUCAGUAAAUACCGAUCUACUCAAAGAUGUGCUUCAUCUGGAAAUGCUCACUGGCAAGUUGAAUCUAGGUGCAAUUUUAACCUUAUUGGCAACAACACAAAUACAUGAAGACUUCCACACCAGGAGGUCUGGCUUUCUGCAGAAGAUAUUGAACUCUGAUAUGGCGAGGGUAUGUCACACAGUAUGGGAAUGCAAGGACAUGCCAGUACCAAUAACGGCAGGAUAUGUGAGAAGACAGGCAAAYGAAGAACUUUCAGAGAAGCACUGAAGCACAACCAGCCCUGACAGAGUCCCCCAUUCAUCCAUAGGAAUGAAUUCUUUAUCAAGAGGGAAAAGGAAGCCACUUAAAUCUCACCACUCUGGAAGCCACAUGUGGAAGAUCUGAAGAGGAAGUCAUACAUCUCACUUAACUGUGUUCAAUGUUUCAGCUGUGAAUUGUGAAACCAAUUUUUAAGAAAAGCGGAUGGGAGACCUAUUUAAAGUGAAGGAGAUUUUGAAAAGGUCAAAGACAAGAGCUUUUUACCUUGCUUUCAGGUCUGAGAUCUAUCAGCAAGAUAACAUUUGAGAAUGUCUAUUCAUAUUAAAGAUAAGAGGAAGGUGGAAAGCUCCAGCUCGGUGAAGCAACAGCUGGCAUGAACGUCCUGCUCAUAGUGGUGGAUGACCUGCGCCCUGUUCUGGGCUGUUACGGAGACAGGCUUGUAAAAUCUCCAAACAUUGAUCAACUCGCUUCUCAAAGCGUUGUGUUCAGCAAUGCUUAUGCACAGCAAGCCGUUUGUGCUCCCAGCAGAGUAUCGUUUCUAACUGGUCGCAGACCCGACACUACCCGACUAUAUGACUUCUACUCCUACUGGAGGGUGCAUGCAGGAAACUACUCCACGAUGCCUCAGUACUUCAAGGAGAAUGGCUAUGUGACCAUGUCUGUGGGAAAAGUUUUUCAUCCCGGGGUUUCAUCCAAUUACAGUGAUGACUACCCCUACAGCUGGUCCAUUCCACCUUUUCAUCCUUCUGCUGAAAAGUAUGAAAAUGCUAAGACUUGUAGAGGAAAAGAUGGAAAACUUCAUGCAAACUUGGUGUGUCCAGUGAAUGUGACAGAAAUGCCCAGUGGUACCUUGCCUGAUAUUCAAAGCACUGAGGAAGCCAUACGAUUGCUGAAGGCCAUGAAGACUAAGAAGCAGAAAUUCUUCUUGGCUGUUGGUUAUCACAAACCACAUAUCCCACUAAGGUACCCACAGGAAUUUCUCAAACUGUACCCCUUGGAAAACAUCACAUURGCCCCUGAUCCCUGGGUGCCCCAGAGGCUACCUGCUGUGGCAUACAACCCAUGGAUGGAUAUCAGACAGAGGGACGAUGUGAAGGCAUUAAAUGUUAGUUUCCCAUAUGGACCACUUCCAGAAGACUUCCAGCGACAGAUUCGCCAGAGCUAUUAUGCAGCAGUUUCCUACCUGGAUGUGCAAGUUGGCCUGCUCUUGGAUGCUCUGGAUGAUGCAGGACUCUCAAACAGCACCAUUGUAGUCUUUACUGCUGAUCAUGGAUGGUCCCUGGGAGAACAUGGUGAAUGGGCAAAAUACAGCAAUUUUGAUGUAGCUACCCAUGUGCCACUGAUGUUUUACGUACCAGGAAUGACCUCUUCCUCUGCUGGCCGAGGGGAGAAAGUCUUCCCCUAUCUUGACCCAUUUAGCCAUAUUUCAGACUUGGUACUUCAAGGGCAAAGUAAAAAAAUGGUUGAACUUGUGUCUCUUUUUUCAACUCUGGCUGAACUUGCUGGCCUGCAAGUUCCUCCUGCGUGCCCCAAGACUUCAUUUUCUGUUGCCCUGUGCACUGAGGGGACAAGCAUUGUSCGGUACUUCAAUUCCACUGAAGAGAAGCUGCAGGAAGCAGAGAAGGAUGGUUGUGAUGACACUUACAGAGGUUGUAAUGACGAAGCUAUUGCCUUCAGCCAGUAUCCUCGACCUGCAGACACUCCUCAGUGGAACUCUGACAAGCCAAAGCUGAAAGACAUCAGAGUCAUGGGGUAUUCCAUGCGUACAGGUGACUACAGGUAUACUCUGUGGGUUGGAUUUAAUCCUAGCAACUUUAGUGCUAACUUUGAGGAUAUCCAUGCUGGUGAGUUGUAUAUGGUGAAAAGUGAUCCACAUCAGGAUUAUAAUAUCUAUAACAAUACCUUACAUGGUGGGCUUUUCAAAAAACUUCUAGGCUUCCUGAAGCACUAAGGUAUUUUACAAAUUCUUGCCAGUAACCGUAACAUUUUCUUUUUUUCCUUCCAUGAAACACUUCUGUUGUACAGAAAAUACUUGGAUUCCAUUAAAAUUCUGUUGGUAUCAGAACAUUACUAUA